AGAUUGGAAUGGGUGCACCUAGGAAUUUGCUACCUUGUAUUCCGCCCAUUUCACGGCCAAACCCAAUCAUUUCCUUUGUUCCGAUUUCCCAACCAAAAGACCACUCUCGACGAGCUUCCCAAAACAAGAAGCACCAAUGGCAGUCGCGAAUCUGCAGAGACUGUCCUCGCAAGCGCACCGCCUCCCCUCCCUCUCGUUCUUCUCCAAAUCCCUGAUCUACCGCCGCACCUCCUCUUCCACGAAGAAGGUCGCCGACCGCAUCGUACGGCUCUCGGCGAUCGACUUCGUGGGAAAGAAGCACGAGGUGGUGGGCCUGGCCGGCCAGACCUUGCUGAAGGCCCUGAUCAACACGGGCCUGGUCGACCCGGAGUCCCACCGCCUCGAGGAGAUCGACGCCUGCGCGGCCCACUGCGAGGUCAACAUUGCCCAGGAGUGGCUCGACAAGCUCCCCCCUCGCUCCUACGACGAGGAGUACGUCCUCGUCCGCAAUUCCCGAGCCAGAGCCCUCAACAAGCACUCCAGGCUCGGAUGCCAGGUCCUCCUCGACCACGACCUCGAAGGUAUGGUCGUUGCUCUCCCCGAACCUAGGCCCUGGGACACUUCCUAAGUCCAAAGCGAACCUCUUUUAUUUUUAUGGCUCAAUAAUGUGAUCCAUGAACCUUUGGAAACAUAGCAGAACUGUGGUUGAAGCUUGUAUUGGUUUCUUCUUGUUAUAUUUUUGGUGGUUUUAGACUCCCGUGCCUUUUAUUGGCUCGCUAUGGAUAACUAUUUGCAAACUUGUGUUUUGUUAUUAUGAUGAUUAUGAUAUGAUGAAUAGCAUUGUUAUAUUAAGGUCUUGCUUUAACUUA